AUAAUCAAUUGGAAUCAGCGCUUCCAGAUUCACUGUAAUUACAGUAGAUUUACUGUAUUUUAGACUUUUCUACUGUAUACUGUAAUGAUAAAAUACAGUGUAUGAAAAUACUGUAUUUAAUUUCCGUUCAUAUAAAUUAUCAAAUUUAAUACGUUUUACGUAUUAGAAAAUACGAAAUAUAAAUUUGCAACCUAAUCUAGAACCCAGAACCCCUGACCUUUAUCUAUAGACAAUGUAGAGUAGGAUUGUUACCUACAUAUUAUAGUUUACGUGCGGGGAAUUCCCCAAUGAAUCAGAACUAACGCUUAGCAAAAACUAACCGUCUCUGUCUGACAAAGCAACAUUGUAUUUUCCAUCUCAUUCAUUACGUUUUGAUUCGUAUUUCGUGUGGUUUUAUUGCUUUGCUACUGUAGCGAGCACAUACAUUUAUUUCAGAUUAAGACUUUUUAAUUCUUGUGGAUAGCGUAAAUUAAACCAAAUCUAUAUAAUUGUAAAAAUGGGCUCAAGUAGUGAAGAAAGUGAUGUUCGUGGCGCUGCUGGUCCGUCAAGUGCAAAAAAGAAAUAUCGGCAACAAUUUCGAGAGGAAUGGCUUAAAAUCCAAGACUUUCGUAAGUGGCUAAAACCUGACAAAAAAUCUGCUUAUAAAUGUUUUUGCACUGUCUGCGAUUCUUCAUUAACUGCCGAUCUAGGUGCUAUUAAAAGACACGGUGAAGGUGCUAAACAUAAACUUCGUUUUCCUGGGCAACCGAAUGUGCGUACCAUUGAUAAUAUUUUUAAGAGUCAGCAACGUGUAAGUGAUGAUGAGCGACGAAAAAUUGCGGAAAUUAAAUUAUCGGCCUUUAUGGCAGAACAUAAAAUAUCCCACAUAGUGAUGGACCAUCUUGUUGAUUUACUUCCAAAAAUUUUCCCGGAUUCUAAAAUUGCAAGUAACAUUAAUCUUAAGCAUACUAAAUUACAAGCAGUAGUAAACAACGUCAUCGGAGCUUCUGAAAGAGAAUGUUUAGUAGCAGAUUUGAAACGCGAAAAGUUUUCUAUAAUGGUAGAUGAAAGUACCGAUGUUGCCAGUGUGAAAACAAUGUGUAUUGUAGUCAAAUAUUAUGAUCGUAGUUCAGGGCGUAUAGUAAGUCGAUUCUGGGAUCUUAUUCAAAUGUUUAAUGAUACUAAUGCUGGACGGAUUGGUGAUUACUCAGCUACGGCUGAAAAAUUAUUUAAUUCAAUAAUAAAAUCAUUUCAAGACGGAAAUAUACCUUUAGAAAAUAUGAUCGGAUUUGGAUCAGAUGGCUGUAAUACUAUGAUGGGCUGUCGUAAUUCAGUGUCCUCACGGUUUAGACAAUUGUGCCCAGGUAUUAUUGUGCUAAAAUGUCUAUGCCAUUCCUUACAUUUAUGUGCCUCAGACGCUUGUAAAGAAUUGCCUCAUGAUGCAGAAAAACUGACUCGAUUGAUUUACAAUUAUUUCAAAAAUAGUAACAAACGUCAAGCAGAGCUAAAAGAAUUUCAAGUAUUUACGGACACUAAUAUUCACAAAAUUCUACGUCCAGCUCAAACGCGUUGGUUGUCGCUGUCCAGUGUUGUGAACAGAAUCAUGGAGCAAUGGGAUGCCUUGCGAUUAUAUUAUGACGAUAAAUGGCUAGAAGAACAGGAUUGCCAAGACAUUCACAAUCUUUUGAAUGAUCCCAUCAUCAAGGCAUAUUUUUAUUUUUUAUGUUGGAUGCUGCCAAAAUUUACCCGCGUUAACGUAUUCUUUCAAAGUGAAGAUCCCGUUAUUAUUGAAGCCCAUAACAAAAUGACUGAGCUAUACAGAGAACUGUUAUCGUUAUUCAUAACUCCAAAUUAUAUUAAAAACACCCCACUCGACGCAAUUGACCCUACUAAUAGUCAACAUUACAUACAUCUGAAAGAUAUAUACCUAGGAUUGGGUGUUGCUAAUCAAGUUGCUGUCCUAGAGCUACAUGCGCAUACCGAAGAAGUUACAGUGAUGAAACAGAAAUGCCUCAACUUUAUCGUUAAAGCAUGCGUGGGCAUUCGGAAAAGAUACAGUUUAAAUGACCCAGUUUUGAGCUCAAUCGCAAAGUUGAAUCCUGAUUCUUGCUUAUCAGAUAAUAGAGAACAGUCUUUGUCUUCACUGUACCCAGUGUUACCAAGGCUGAAACCCCCAACUUUAAAUGAUCAACAGACGUUAGAUGACGAAUGGAGAAACUUGAUUUUUAUUGCGAAUGAUAUACAUUGGAAUACAAGUCAACCAGCAGACUUAUUUUGGCAUCAGUUAUCUCAAAUGAAAGAUAGCAAUGGAGACAUUAAAUUCCAUUUGCUGCCUCGAUUUAUGCUGCAAGUAUUAUCUUUGCCUCACUCAAACGCUGAGUGCGAACGCAAGUUUAGUGAAAUUAAUAAUAUAAAAACCAAGCAGAGGAACUGUCUUAUCACAAACACUAUUAAAGGAAAUAUGUUAGCUCAGCAAGCCAUUCGUCGAAAUUCUGAAAACUGCGUCAAAUUUAAUCCCAGUAAUGAAAUGAUUUAG